AUGGCUGAAGUUAGCAUUGGUAACGAAUUGAAAGAUGGAUUCAAAGAAACAAACAACUGGAUCAAUAAUAAUAUUCAUUUCUUAACAGAUGUGGAACAAUUUUAUAGACAACGUUCUCAAAUUGAAAGAGAAUAUGCAACAAAUUUAAAUAAAUUAACUUCAGAAUUUUUAAAGAAAAAAGCCAACAAGACAACUUCAAUUAGUGUUGGUGAUGAACCCAAGAUAACACCAGGGUCUUUAGAAUCUGCCUCUUUAGUGACAUGGACUGAAUUAUUAUCACAAACUGAAAUUAUUGCUAAAAAUCAUCAUAAUUUUGGUAAUGAAUUAACAAUUAAAGUUGCAGAUCAAAUUAUAUCAUUACAAAAAUAUUUAUCUAUAUUACAAGAAAAAAUUUCAAAUUUCCAUAAUAAUUCAUUAUUGAAAAGAAAAGAUGAAAUUUUUGAAAAUGUUAAUCGUGCAAAAAAAAUUUAUGAUGAAAAAUGUGUCAUUAUGGAAUCAACAAGAUCCAAAAUUGAAAAAUCAAGUUCAUCAAAUGAUAAAAAUCAACGUAAAAUUAAUGAAAAAACAGUUGAUAUGAAUAAUGCUAAAAAUGAUUAUUUAUUGAAAAUUAAUAUUGCAAAUAGAAUUAAAGAUAAAUUUUAUUAUCAAGAUUUACCAGAAAUUUUAGAUAUAUAUCAAGAUUUAAAUGAAUUCAAGACAAAACAAUUAAAUAAACUUUUAAAUCUAGCUUCAAAUUUAGAAAUCAAUAAUAAUAAUAAAGAUAACAAGAAUUUGGAACAUUGUAUUUCAAUAAUUGAAGAAAAUAAAUCACAUUUAGAUAUUCAAAUGUUUAUUAAACAUAAUCAAACAAAUUGGUCUGAUCCUCCAGAUUUCUAUUACAUUCCUUCAAGUAUUUGGCAUGAUGAUGAACAUUUCAUAACAUCAAAUCAAGAAUUAUCAUAUUUGAAAACUAUCUUGUUGAAAGCAAAUCAAAUUAAUGAUAAAUAUGAACCAGGUUUAGAAUCUGGUAGAGAAACUUUGAAUUCUUUACAAACAACAAGAAUAAAUUUAAAACAAUUAUCUGAUACUAAAGAGUUUGAAUUUAGAAAAGCUUCAGAUUCUUUAAAUUCUUAUUUAUUAACAUUAUCAAAUUUUAUUCUUGAUGAAAAUAUAAAAGUUUCUUCACAAGUUGAAAUUGAAACGAUUGAAAAUAAUGCAAAUGAUAAAGAUCUUUCAUUAGAUGGUUUGGUUAUUCAAAAGAAGAAAACAAAUUUCUUUGGUAAAUUAAGAGGUUCAAAACCAAAAGAAACCAUUGUAUCAACAAAUGAUAAUAAUAAUGAUUCACAAUCAAUACGUUCUUCAAAAUCAACAAAAUCAAAUCAUCAUUCAUCUUCACCAUUCCAUAUACCUUCAUUACGUCGUAAUAGAUCAAGAAAUCAAUCAUCUGCAUCAAAUACUUCAAAUUCAAUACCUAGUGCAAUUGCACAAUUCCCUUACCAAGCAGAUGGUGAAGAUGAAGUUUCAGUAGCUGCAAAUGAAUCAUUAGUAAUAAUAGAAAUGGAUGAUGGAUCAGGUUGGACAAAAAUUCAAAAUUCAAUAGGAGAUUCAGGUUUAGUACCAACUUCAUAUAUUCAAAUAAAUGAAAUACCACAAACAUCAGGAAGUGGUUCUUCAGGUGGUGGUAAGAAAAAAGGUCCAGAAGUUGUUCCUAAAAGAGGUGCUAAAAAAAUUUCAUAUGUUCAAGCUUUAUAUGAUUAUCAAUCUCAAGGUGAUGAUGAAUUAACUAUAUCUUCGGGGCAAAAAAUUGAAGUUUUGGAAAAAGAUGAUGGUUCUGGUUGGACUUUGGGUGAAGUUGAUGGACAAAGUGGAUUGUUUCCAACUAGUUAUGUUCAAGAAUUAUGA